GUAGACUUGAUUUAAUCUUAAUAAACCCACUGUAUUAUCAAGUGGUAUUUAAUCCCUUUUUUUGGGUAUUAUAAUUCAGAACCUCACAUCAAGCGGACUUGCUUCUCACCUCAAACUUGACAUCAACACCAUCCCCCCUGAACAGCCAUAAUGGGCUCUACAUUAUCUUCGUAUAUGAACGCCUUGCCGCCUCUGACAGACUUCUUCCCACCGACUCCGGAGGCUUAUUGCAUCGUGCUCAAUAUCUUUCAAUAUUUCCCCUUGUUUACUACCUUACAAUGGCUGUUAUCGUUUCAUCCAGCAGGAAAGACGUCUCUGAAGAACUCUUUGCUCAACAUACCGGGCCGUUUCGGCUGGUUCGUGAUGGAGGCCAUCGGCCCGGUGAACCUCAUCUACACGCUUUGGAGGCUCCCGACAGGAACGGGUAGCGAUUUCUGGAGUUUGCCGCUUGCGAGCCAGUUAUGUGCGGGUCUGUAUGUUCUCCAUUACGUGAACCGGGCUGUGAUCUCGCCGUUCUUCUCGGCGCCGAGCAUGUCGCCUAUCCAUCUGUUAGUUGUGGGGAUGGCGGCGAUCUUUAACUGGAUGAAUUCCGUAUGUCUGGCGGCUUGGAUCUUUGGAUAUACAGCUCCGGUAGCCGGUUAUAGGGACAGUUAUUUUGAUGCCAACGAGGUUGGAGGGAUUCCAACGUUUCUUAGCUUUAUCGGCCUCGGGCUUUUUUUCACGGGUAUGAUCGGGAAUAUCCACGCCGAGAGACAACUUUUCCAGCUCCGCAGAGACGAAGCAGAUCGACGUCUGGCCAAACGAGAGCAGUCGAAGAACCAGGGGGAUAGCAAAAACAAAUACCACAAGGUCUACGUGAUCCCGCCUACGCAAGGCGUCUUUCGAUCCAUCCUCUACCCGCACUAUGUCUUCGAAUGGAUCGAAUGGCUUGGUUUUGCCCUCGUUGGCACGUCUGUGCUGCCUCAGCGCGGGUUUGUUCCAAACUCUACACCGAGUCUGCCGUUGAAAGUCGCGCCCUGGCUGGUUCCUGCAGUGGUUUUCGCGGAAAAGCUGAACAUUCGGCUCCCUCUCCCGGCAGUGGUCUUUUUCGUCAACGCCGUGACCAACAUGCUGCCGCAUGCGAGAUGGGGGAGGAAAUGGUACGUGCAAAGUUUUGGGGAGAAGGCUGUCGCCGGCCGGGGGGCAGUGGUGCCCUGGUGCUCAUGGAUGUGAGAAGUAUAGUCCUAUACUAUAGAUAGACUUUUUAAGAAUGAUAGAAUAUCUUAUUCUUUGACUAGACAGG